UUCAAUGUGUCGACAUUAAAUUUUUAGUUAAAUUAAUAUUUUAUAUACUAAUAAAAAAAAUGUUUCUGUUACGAUUUUUUUAUUUCUGUUUAAUUUUUAAUUUUAUACUGGAGUUUUCUAAUGCAAUGAACGAUUAUAUAACUUAUAAGAAAGCGUUAGAUAAUCUUUUUGCUAAUUAUGGGUGGAUAAAUUUGAAUGACGUGUCAUGUGCCGUUCUCCAAAAAAAAGUUUACUCUAUUGAAACAAUUUUUGAAACUAAAAUCAAAUACGAUAAUAUUAAUGAUAAAAUACGUACUGCUACAUAUAUACUGGGUUGUUCGUAUGUUAAAAAUGUGAAUAUUUUAUAUUUUUUAUUAGGACAUUUUAAUAAUCAUUGUAGAACGCUAUGCGAUAAAAAAAAUUUCGAAACUUUAUGUUGUAACUGCAUUAAUAAGUUAAUGAAAUUAUCAUAUAAAAUGAAUUUAUUACUUAAAGUAAUGCUAGGAGCGUUAAACGCUUUAAACAUAAUGCACAAUAAUCGAUGGAUUGAAAGUAAACAAGAUGCUUUAUUCAGUUGUAUGUUUUUUACUGUACAAAAAAAUCAUGAAAAUAUAAAAGAAUAUCCUUUUAUAACAAUAACAUUGGAAGCUUCAAUGUCUACUUUUAAGAGGAAUCGAUUUUUAAUUGAUAGUGGAAGUAAACAUUGUAAAUAUACUUUUUAUAAUGAGGAUGAUUUGUGGCAAGAAUGGAAUAAAGAAUAUGAAACUAUGAUGAGCAAAGGAUGUAAACUUCCUUUCUUUGAUUAUUUAAGUGAAAAAUUGCAUGAUAAAAUUAGGGACAUAAUGGUUAACAAAUUUAUUAAACUUGGUUUCCUAUAUGAUAUGUCUACCCAAAAUAUUGCUGUACCAUUACAAAUAGAAUCAACAAAUUCAGAAUUACAUCCUAUACCAAAUUAUACAAUAACCGAUGAGAUGUAUGCACUUAUGCAAACUGAAUCUAUUGAAGACGCAAUAAUAAAGAGCAAAGAUGAAAACUUAGAAGUUCUGUCAAAAAAUCGUACAACGCCAGUAUUCAUCGACUUUCUUAAACAAGGAUUGAAUCCUAAUGUCUCACCAGAAGAAAUUUCAGAACCAAAGGAGAUCGAUAAACAAAAAAUAACGAUGUAUAAUUUUAUAUAAGUAAAAUUUAACUUAUCUAUUUAAAAUAAAAUUUAAUAAGAAAUUUCA